AUGGGUUGUUCUUCCUCAGUUCCAGAUAGAAAUACUGCGCGGCUAGGCGGCAUUAAUCGAGACAAUGAUGCUGCGGUCGAUGCAAAGAAUCUCCGUGUUAAGCUGGUGCUUUUAGGUGAUUCUGGUGUUGGGAAAAGUUGCAUUGUUCUAAGAUUUGUGCGUGGUCAAUUUGAUCCGACAUCCAAGGUUACUGUUGGAGCUUCCUUUUUGUCUCAGACUGUAGCCUUACAAGAUUCUACUACCGUGAAAUUUGAAAUAUGGGACACUGCCGGACAAGAAAGGUAUGCUGCUCUAGCACCUUUGUAUUACCGAGGUGCUGCAGUGGCAGUUGUUGUGUAUGACAUAACCAGUCCUGAAUCAUUCAAUAAGGCACAAUAUUGGGUCAAGGAGUUACAAAAGCAUGGGAGUCCUGAUAUUGUCAUGGCUUUGGUUGGUAAUAAAGCUGAUCUUCAUGAAAAACGAGAAGUGCUAGUUCAAGAUGGAAUUGAUUAUGCUGAAAAGAAUGGAAUGUUCUUUAUCGAGACCUCUGCAAAGACGGCAGACAACAUAAACCAGCUCUUUGAGUUCCAAUCAGAAGAAUAG